CAACCAAGAAGGUCGAAACAAGCAUACACGGCCGCACCACAGAACCAAUAGAAAGUUAUGCCCGGGUUCCAUCUUCCAUUCUCUCCCGGAAAUAGAACACAGCUUUGUCCUGAGUUUUUUUACCAGGUGCAUUUACGGAUCUUCUGAGGAAGCUUCUACGACCUCCGGGCAUUCGUGUCGUCGGCAUUCGAAUAUAUCCUCAGACUAAAAGAGCCGAGCAAAUUCCUUGCGAAGGAGUAUACGGAUAGCGACAGGGACCUUUAAGAGUAGAAAAGCCUUGAAUUUCCUAACAUAUGCCACCCGUGUUCGAUCUUUUGAUAAGCUCUCUCAUCCAAUGUUCUUUUGUUCACAAUCUGCAACACGAUGUUUCACACGAACCUCUCCCCAGAAGAACGGGGCUACCUAUGGAAGAAGUCCAUCCAUGAUUCUCCAUACUCGCCGACUUCGUCAUCCAGCUCUGUGAGCCCACCUUGGAUCACAUUCUCUCGGCAACUCACCAAUCUUGAACGCAUGUUUGAGAUCUUCAACAGGGACUUGUAUGGCCAGAAUUGUCCCUUCAUGGGGGCAAAAAUCUCUGUGCAGCCGCCAGAAUCACAGUCUGGAUCUCCAUUGUUCAGUCUUUCCCAGCUCGCAGAUCGAGCAAUUGAAGCAUUCUGCCAGACCCGGUGGAAGUAUCCUACUAUUGCAGCUCGAAUUGAUGGUGAUCGAGCGGUUUAUAAGGUUGAGGACAAAGAAGAAGUGAGGUCCUGGGCGCGACGAGUAGUGUCUACAGUUUCACUAGCAGGGGGUUGGGAGAAAAUGCGAGAGCGGGUUAGUAGAGAAGUGCAGUUGCCUACGAUCGAUGGCGACUAUUGCACCAUGUAUAUCAUCUUGCAGCCAUUUGAAGCUUCUCAAAGACAACUGACAGCAUUCGAUGUCCUUCUGCAUACACACCACGCUUUCACAGAUGGAGCUGGGAUCCGAAGCAUCCUCGAUGAAUUUCUCGCUCGUCUAACCCAGCCUCUGCAGGGGGGUGAGGUCUCGUGGGGGCGGGAAACUGAUAGACUGGCACCCCCUUCUAUUCUUCUAGCAAAAAAUGAAGAGCCAGAAGCUGGAGUGACUCCUGUCGCAGAUUCUGGAGUAAGACUGAAAGGGUUUGCAAAGCCUGACAUUGGACUUCCUGUCUAUAAGCCAGAGAUCGGGCCACCAAAACCUGAACAUCGGGGAACUUUACUGGUCUCUCACACCUUUGACAACGAUUUCUUGCCUCAGCUACUCGCUGUAGGAAGGAGACAUGGGGUAAAGCUUGCUGCGGUGCUUCAUGCUGCUUUAUUACAGACCGUACACGAGCUAUCCGACGACGUCCCGGGCUCUGAUGAUCUAUAUAAAAGUGGGUCCGCUUUGGAUCUUCGCAAUGGGUGGAUGAUAUCUCCGUACUCAGAGCACAAGGCCUACGUGAAUAGUGCUGUUGCGAUUCAUCCCAUUGAAGUCCCCUGCUUGUAUUUUUCCAAGACCAAGGUCGAGAAAAAUGGCUUCUGGGAAGCCGCGUCUUUCAUUUCCGGCCUAUGGGACAAGAUCAAAGCAAAGAAAAGUAUGGCAAAGUCUGUUGAGGCAGACGCUGGGGCUUUUAUAAAGUCGUGGGAAAAUAGGAGUGCCUUGAGUGGCACCGCUCCUUCAAAACCUCGGACUUGCCCCUACUUCGUUUCCGAUCCGCCUGGUUCGCAUAUUCUGAAUUCCGUUUUCCCUGUCUCCGGGUUUCCUGGCCUUCUCCUUGUUCUCGAGUCAUAUCAGCUUGCAACAGACCAGACGCAAGCUGUCAUUUCUGCUCGAUCUCACUCUUGGAAUAACAAACUUACUCUGUGUUUGGUAUUUAAUGAGGCUCGAAACCCGAGAGAAAAAAUAGAACAAGUACUUGCGAAAUGGGUAGAAGUUAUUCAAGUUAUAAAGGAAG